UUACCUGGGAAAAUUUGUCUUUUGUAUAGAUGAGACAUUUAAAGAGACCUUACUGCCCUGACUGGGACGAAAGAGAUUGGGAUUAUGGGACGUGGAGGAACAGCGGCAGUCACAGAAGAAAGAAGAGAUCAUACAGCCCUGCUCGAGAGCAUAAGCGAUGCAAAUACGAUCACUCUAAAACAACUGAUGGCUAUUAUCUGGACAGCAGAUCCAUACGUGAGAAAGAGUACCAUAGUCGACGCUACAUUGAUGAGUACAGGAAUGACUACAUGGGGUGUGAGCCAGCCUAUUACUAUGGAGACCAUGAAAGCCGAUAUCAGGAUCACAGUAGCAAGUCCUCUGGGAGAAGUGGAGGAAGCAGCUAUAAGAGUAAACCCAGGACUCACCACAGCACUUCCCGUCAUCGAACUCAUGGGAAGAGUCACCGAAGGAAAAGAACCAGGAGUGUAGAGGAUGAUGAGGAGGGUCACCUGAUCUGUCAGAGUGGAGACGUACUAAGUGCAAGAUAUGAAAUUGUUAAUACCUUAGGUGAAGGUGCUUUUGGAAAAGUAGUGGAGUGCAUCGAUCAUAAAAUGGGAGGUAGACAUGUAGCAGUUAAAAUAGUUAAAAAUGUGGAUAGAUACUGUGAAGCUGCUCGAUCAGAAAUACAAGUUCUGGAACACUUAAAUACAACAGAUCCCCACAGUACUUUCCGCUGUGUCCAGAUGUUGGAGUGGUUUGAGCAUCGUGGUCACAUUUGCAUUGUGUUUGAACUUCUGGGUCUGAGCACUUACGACUUCAUUAAGGAGAAUGGCUUUCUGCCAUUUCGGAUGGACCAUAUUAGGAAGAUGGCUUAUCAGAUCUGCAGAUCUGUAAACUUUUUGCACAGUAAUAAACUGACUCACACAGACUUAAAGCCCGAAAACAUCUUAUUUGUGCAGUCUGACUACACAGAGGUUUAUAAUCCUAAAAUGAAACGUGAUGAACGAACCUUAAUAAAUCCAGAUAUUAAAGUUGUGGACUUUGGAAGUGCAACAUACGAUGAUGAGCAUCACAGUACACUGGUGUCUACAAGACAUUAUAGAGCUCCUGAAGUUAUUUUAGCCCUAGGGUGGUCUCAGCCAUGUGAUGUCUGGAGUAUAGGAUGUAUUCUUAUUGAGUAUUAUCUCGGAUUCACAGUUUUUCCAACUCACGACAGCAGAGAACACUUAGCGAUGAUGGAAAGGAUUCUUGGACCACUACCAAAGCACAUGAUACAGAAAACCAGGAAACGUAAAUAUUUCCAUCAUGAUAGAUUGGAUUGGGAUGAACACAGCUCUGCUGGCAGAUAUGUUUCACGGCGCUGUAAGCCUCUGAAGGAGUUUAUGCUGUCUCAGGAUGCUGAACAUGAGCUUCUGUUUGACCUCAUUGGAAAAAUGUUGGAGUAUGAUCCAGCCAAAAGAAUUACUCUCAGAGAAGCCUUAAAGCAUCCUUUCUUUUACCCGCUUAAGAAACACACAUAGAUUGUAAAUACUUACAGUGCUCUGAAAGAUUACAGACUGCAUCAGUCUAGUUUUAAAUACUAAGUUAUUUUGUAUAUAGCUUUGUACAUUUAUGUUUUUUUUAUUGUUUACAUGAUUUAUUAAAUACAUGGCCAAGCCAAAUAAGCAUUUCAGUAAUUAAAAAUGAUUAAUUUGGAAUAAACUUUGUGCUUAUGAAUUUA